ACUCACUCGCUCACUUCUCCAAUCCACCAACUUCUAAAACUUCUCUCUCUCUACCUUCAUCGCACUCCAAACAAGACAACAUUUACAUUAUUAUUCUCUCUCUCCUCCAAUCCAAAGUCAUACUGGUUCUACUUAUGCCAUGGCCAACAUCACUCUCCAUCAGCUCCUCGUUCGCCACACUUUCCGAACGGUCCUUGGUCACGCACACCCCCCAAACAGGGCAGAUCCUCGUCUAAGGUCUUGACUCUGGGAGGUGUCCAAAAAUCAGAGAAAUCCAUCCAUUGGGACGGACCCCACAGUUUGACAAAGUUUCGCCAAUCUUCAGUUAGUUAACCCCUCGCCGAGGGGGAGUGGGGGGUCAGAUUCUGAAAAUGAAGACAUAUUCAGUUAAACCAAACCCAGUUGUAUCACUUGUUGAAAUUUCAAUAAAAAAUAUCGAGUAGCAAUGGCGCUACAGCUUUGCGAAGGUUGACUAAAUAAGAGACAUAAGGGAUAUAAUAAGAAUGUUAUUACGGAAUAAGAGAAGGCAGAAGAAGGGCUACCGUUGUGUUGGAGGGUAAAAUCAAUCUUGUUUUGAGACUACGUUUCCAUUCUGUUGGAAUCCGGCACGGUGCUUCGAGGCAGUGUUGUUAUUGAAUAUUAGUUACUAAUAUUCUGAAAAUAUUUUGAAAAGAAAAGACAACAUUUUAUGACUUGAGAAAUUUUUCCCAUUUUUGAAUGGAUGGAUGAGAAUUUUUUAUUACUAAUUUUAAAUAAAAUGACCCGGAAAUCAGAAAUAUUAAGUACCCUUUCCGUCAUAUUUUGAUUCUCAGAGGAGAGUGUCGAGUGGUGUGGUGGGUGGUGCAAAAAGUUACUUGAUGUAGGCCGAUGUCGACUUCAUCGACAGGAUCAGGAAUAAUAGAAGCAGCUGCUAAGACUUCUGGGCGCACGACGACGAUAAAUUCACCAUCUCCUUUAUCUGCUACUACUCCUAGUGGUACCGCUGGCAAUAUUAAACACCACCUAGAAAAAGACAAGAAGAGGAAAAAAUCCAAUUUAAUAAGAUUGUCCACCUCUCCUACUAAACGUACCACUACUCCAAAUAAAUCAAGCCAAUCUAUGGACUUGGCACCGCGCGGCCCCUCUGUCGUCCAACUACGACCUGUGCGACCCGUCUUUAGCACGCUGUCUGCAUCAUCAUUAUCUUCAUCUACCAAUAAACCAAAUAACAAUAAUACCUCUUCGUCUGUAACGUCAUCACCCGGGGGAUUAAUUAGUACGACCGGUGGUGGUGGCGGUGGUAGCCCAAUAAUUAGCGUUAAUCGAACCACACCAGCCGGCACGAAUGUAACCAUCCUCCCGGCAAGGGGGGUGACAACAACGGUAGGAAAUACUCAGCAAGGGGGAAUUAUGCCAACUUAUCAGAUUACGAGGGUCGGAGUGGGCAAUGUCGUACGUCCCGGUGGUGGUGGUGCUGUCGUCGGACCGGGACAACAACCAGCCUCCAUCACGGUCACGCCAUUACCCACGUCAAACCUGACAAAUCUCCGCCUCGCGGCGGGCACACCGGUGAACAAUGGGACGUGGUUGCAAGCGAGCGGUGUUCAAGGAUUUGCGAGAGCAAUAGCUGUCGGAGGCAGGCCGGUUCGUCCAGCUGAUGGCAAAAUGAUACACAUACCGCAGCACGUCACCCAGCUACAAGUGGUGGAUGGGAAGGGGUCCAUUCUAAAGCCGCAAAUUGGCACACCCAUCGUCAACAUAAGGGGACCCCUUCCAGGUGGAGCCACUUCCGGCCAGUCACUUACCCUUCCACUUCCACCCUUUACGAUUAGGACGACAAAUAUUACCAACAUUUCGGCGGCCAUCCAGCCACGACCUCCUCCCAAUAGCACGCCGUCGUCGUCGUCGUCAGGCACUCUUACGUCUACUCCGGUUCACAAAGUGAUAACUCAGCAUGAUCAUAAUGCACCGAUUCAGUUUGUGAAUGCUACAAAUAAGAAUGCUAUUGGAGCAUCAAUUCCGAAGCUUAGCACGGUUUGCCUCACCUUGUCUACCAAUGCAACUCUAGCCCCCAACAAUAGUUCCCCCGUCGUCGCUGUGUCUUCGAGACAAGCAGCAGCAGGGCUUACUCCAAGUCUGAUAGUGACUCCUUCCUCCCUGACUGCCAACAAUACGACGACGACAACGGCGACAACUCUUCCAAUCACCAAAGUAUACCCUGUUGGGAGGGAUGGAAGUAGCAUGGUAAUGGACAACAUGUUCUCCUCAGGCAGUGCCGUGUCAGUGAGUACUGUGAAUGUGAAUUUGUCCACGAUAUCCACAAAUUCAAGCAAUGCUCCCAAUCCACCCUGUGUCGUCGUGGCGGCGUCUUCGUCGGUAGGGGCUCACCAUCACCCCCAACACGUCUUGCUCCAUACGACCACCCCCACCAUCAAUGUCCAUACAGGACAAAAUCCUUCUAGUGGCGGCGGACUUCCUCCUUCCAACCUUGUUACAGGAGGAAUCGCACCAAGCUAUUUUGUCGAUAAGAACUUCCAAAUGAACAUCCUUCCCCAUCAAUCAAGGCCUAUUACCCUGGAGAAAAAGAUUGACCCGAAAUCCCUCCCUCCUGGAAGUAUGAUCAUCACGGCAGCAGCAACAACCACCACCGGCAACACUGUCACAAUACCGUUAACCCAGCAUUUAACAAACCUUGCCCAUUUGGGACAUCACCAUGCAGCAGGAAAUACUCAUAAUAAUAUCGUCAAUCCUAACAAUAAUAGUUCUACAACAAUUAUAGCUACUAGUACUACAAGUGCCACGUCUUCAUCUUCUUCCACGCCGCCAUCAUCUCAUAAUCAUCUUCCCCAUCAAAUACUGGCACAAUUUAAUCCCCACUCGGUGACGGUGACACCAUCCUCCACCAGUAUCCCUAUUCCAAUCCCUGCUCACGUGAUAUCCCAGUCAAUCCUCGGAGUGACGACGAGUAGCAGUAGUCUCGGCUCUGUCUUGACCGUCACCACUACCACGAUUUCCUCAACCUCGGGUACCUCAUCAUCAUCAACCGGAUCUAGUUCAACAUCCAGUAUCAUUUCCUCCUCCUCCUCAACUCCAAAUAUCAUCACCUCGGCGACUUCUAUACUACCCUCGACAAUGACGUCUUCUUCUACAAGUAGUACCUUUACAUCCUCAUCGACGGCAACCACAACUACUACCGCCCCACCGGCUCAGUCUCCAAAUCAUAAUAAUCCCCCAACUUCUUCUACUUCGAGUAACAAUAAUAAUAGUACCAAAGCUACGCACAGUCCGAGACCAAGCAUAUUAAGAAAACGUGAACUUGGUGGCGAUCACCACGGUCAUACCAGUGCGUCUCGUGCCCAAAGAAAUUUGUCCCUCCAACUCAACUUCUCCACGUCAAACUCUACCAAUUUUACGUCAAGUAGUAACAAAGAGAACUCCUCCCUAUUAGAUAAGUUUUCAAGCGGGUUAAGUGGUAGUACAAGUACAAGUAUAACUAGCUCAGGGGGUGGUGGUGGUGCUACGACAGGGACAGGAGUGAGCAUUUUAAAGAAAGAGUUCCAACCUCCAACAGAAGAAUCUUCGUGGCAAUCGGUCAGUUCGAACUCAAGUUCGGGAUCCUCAACAAUUUCCACAACGUCAGAAACGGCAGAACUCCAACUUCAACAACAAUUAACGGGUGGCAUUGGUGGUGGUGGUGGUGCAGACCUCAAUCUAAGUACCAUGAGUUUACCUCACUCUUCGGAAAUUUCAGCAUCAGCCUUUCUAGGACUUGGGUCCUCCCUCUUAACUAAUUCUAUAUUAAGUGGUGGUGGUGGAAAAAAUAGUAGUAGUACAACAACGACUUCCACGACAUCGACUAUUGGUGGUUUGACUGCUGGUGGACUAAGUAUAAGCUUAGCCAAUAUUGGUAGUGGUGUGGGUGGCGGUAAUAGUAGUACAACCAUACCGACAUCUUCGUCGUCGUCAUCAUCACAGAAUCAAAAUCAGAAUGGGGUCUUACGAACCACUAAUCAGCCCAGGUCUCGAAGUUCGUCCACGUCUGUGGGAGCCAAAGGAGCCAACAAGGAUGUGGAACGCCUUAAGAAUAAAGACAAAGACUUGGAUGCAGUCAGUCCGAGGAAAAAACCUAGAAAGCAACAACUAACAUCAAGUGACUUGUUGGAAGCUGCGUCUCCUGAAAUUUACUAUCAAGGAAAGGGAAAACGAUUCCGGAAGGGAGACCUGAUGGAUUUUACUGAGGGGAUAACGGAAAAAGAAAAAGUACCGGUGGACCCCAUCCCCGAAGAACCUCCUCCACCACGAAUUGUCUAUUAUGUGAAAAGACCUCACAUGUCCCUUGUGCAGAGCAACUGUUUUCCUCCUAAACCUCUCACAACGCAUUUUCAAAGAUACUGUGAUGUCAAGGCGAGGGAUGAAAAGCGGCCUACAAUUUCCGAGCUAGCCAAUCAAAAGAAUAUUUUAGAGAAAGUGGGUGGCUGGAGAGUGAAACUUAUGACUAAUCAAAUGCAGGAGCUUGUUGAUAAUGAAAAUGGUGUCGUAGACGAUUGUUCCAACCUUCUCAAUAGAUUAGAAAAUAAAGUAGGAGUAGGACCUAGCCGUGGUGACCGAGAUCUCAAUAUUGUUAUGGAACUGCUCAAGGGGAAUAUUCAAAGGUGUAAAGUGAUUCGUGAUCAAAUGUCCGACUCGAAAGCAUUAGCAGUUAAGAUCUUAGACCAUAAGGUUACCGUGACGGAAGUAAUAACAAAACACUCUUGUAAACGACCUAUGGCAAAGAAGAGAGUGUUGUAGCCUUAUCUAAUAAUCAAGGAUGACAAGCCCUCGUCUCCUCAGAAUUGGGGAUGACAUCCCGUGACAAUUUAUAUGAUUGACAAUGUUUGAGACGAGACAACAAGUAUUUAUCUCCCAAAGCAACAACACCACGAUUGCUUGAAAUUUAGUAUCUGGGUAACGCCUGGGAACACUACUAACGUUAGGUAGAUACUGAAUGUCCAGCAAUCGUGUAUAGAUACUAUAUAUUUCAUUGAUCUUAUCGAUUCACCGUGAUUUGAAUGUGUUUUUUAUAAUUAUUACUAGUUAUUAUCUUAGUAUUUGUUACUACUAAAAUUAUCAUCUUGACUUCUCACAUGAAAUUCAAUACUUGCAUUCAUUGAGACGUAGAAAAGACAGCAGACAUAACGUGCACUCAAAGCUAUUGAGAUGAAUAUAAAUAAUAGCGUUUCAAAAAUCUAGUUUUACAAUGACACGCCACAACAAAAGUACUACUACCAUUAAAUAAGACGGUGUUUUUCCAUCAUAAUAUUUUUAAUUGACUUAAUUAUAUCUAUAUUAUAUGUAAUAUGUAAAACUAGCUUGUAACAAUUAUCUAGUGUCUGAAUAAACUGACAGUGUGCAAACCAAAUAUAUGCAAAAACAGGGAUUCUCUACUACUACUAAAUACCUACCAGGACUUGUCCUUCCUAUUAAAUGUUAUUAUAAAUAUGCAAUACAUUUGCAUAAAUGAAAAAUGACUACUACCAACCACACCUUAUCAACAACAACGUUAUAUUCUAUCGUUUGACUGGACUUUUGGAUUUCAAAUGUACAAUAUAUGCAUUAAAUGCUAUACUAUACGUCAACAAGCUACAAAUUAAUUUUUUUAUAACAACAACAACAAUUUCGUGUAAGUUUAAGUCUAAGAAAUUUUAACUUUAACUUUCUGAAAUUUAAAAAAACGUCAAAACUUUAUAGGUUAAUUUAGUUAGUCAGUUUUAGACAGAUGAAAAGCAUCGUCAUUAAGGACUUGUUCACUAAUAAAGGACAAGUAUUAGAUAUAGGAAGGAGUGGAUAAUAAUAGUUAAGGUUUUUAAAUCAUGAACAAUUAAUUAUUAUUAUGACCUCUUUGCAAGAGUUAAUAAAUGAAGAAUUAUUUUGUACUUAAAUAA